CUUAAAGCGGCACAUAUCAACAUCAACGGCCAUUUGGGAGGAUUUUUGUCAUUACAAACCAGUGGUUUUUUUGUUUGUUUGUUUGUUGUUGUUGUUGUUGUUUUUCAGUUUUACAGUUACAGCCUUGGGUACAUUAAGAGAACGAGAGAAUUAAAUACAAAAAAAAAAAAUCAAAAAUAAACAACAGAAAAAUUGUAUUAAAUAAAAACAUCAAACUGUUUUUUACAGGUUUUUACACAAUUUAUAUGUUUUUAACUUUGAUAUUGUGUUUAGGUAUUGCUGAACUUCUGUCUUCAAAAUUAAAAACAAAGUUUUCAUUUCGUUUUCAAUGAACCUGAAAAGCGCGAGCAAGGUUCGCUAACUGUCUACCGUAAAGGCUGAUGUAUACGCAGACCAACAUUUUAAAGAGUGGGUAAGCGGAGCUGACUUUUCCGGAAUUCAGGCAACGUAACCGCAGUGUUUAUCUACGGCAGUGGGCGGUUUCAGACGUAGCCAAAUUGUUCAAAGUCCCAAGACUUUAUCAAGACAGCAGCUGUCACUGUCCAACACAGCAAGUAGAAAUUCAUCUAGCUAAAGUAGUGUGCAGUAAAGGAAGCGCUGGUCUCUUACUCUCCUACCCUACUGAAGGUGUGCUUCACUGUUUUAUAUCUAUUCCGAGAUGAGAAGAAGAGUUGAUGAAACUGCUGCAUCCAAACGAACUGAGGAGAAACCAGUGAAAAGCGAAACUGUUAAAGUGCAAGCCAGGUCAUCAUGGUGGGUGUGGGUGAAAAGGGGACUGAUAGCCCUCUGCACUCUGUAUGUGGCCACACCGUUUGUUCUGCGAUUCUUUCCCGGUGUCAUACAGUACCUGGUUUAUAAACAUGCCAUAACAUAUUUCGUUGACCUGAGGCGUCCCUCUGAUCUUGGCCUCAAUCACACCGUCAAUAUGUACCUGACUUCAGAAGCAGGAGUGACACUGGGAGUAUGGCACACGGUUCCUGAGCAAAAGUGGAAGGAGGCUCAAGGUAAAAGUUUGGAGUGGUAUGAGCAGUCUUUGGGGGAUGGUUCCCCUGUUUUCAUCUACCUCCAUGGCAAUACGGGCAACAGAGCAGCUCCACAUCGUUUGGGAGUUGCCAAUGUGUUAAGUGCUCUUGGCUAUCAUGCUGUGGUUAUGGAUUACAGAGGAUUUGGGGAUUCCACCGGAGAGCCCACAGAGGAUGGACUGACCACCGAUGCACUUUAUCUGUACCACUGGGUACGGGCACGCAGCAAGGGCAGUCUGGUCAUCAUAUGGGGUCACUCCCUUGGCACAGGAGUGGCAACUAACACUGCAGUGAAAGUACAGGAGCAAGGAAACCCCCCUGAUGCAGUGAUACUUGAAGGUGCUUUCACAGACAUAAAAAUGCCAGAAGGAUUCCCCCAUCCUUUCACCUGGUAUUACUGGAGAUUUCCAUACAUACAGUACUACUUUUCCCAGGACUCAAUUAAAGCAAAUAAAUUUGUAUUACCCAAUGUUCAAAACUUGAAAAAAAUGAGGACGCCUCUUAUGAUCCUUCAUUCUAAAGAUGACCACAUGACUCCUUUCAGGAUGGCUGAGGAGAUUUACAGCAUUGCUAAAAGUGUGCUGAAGUCAGAGGAAAAAGUCAGACUGGUUGCCUUUGAUGGAUCCCAUGGAUAUCUUCAUAAUGGACUUUAUAGGGAUCCUGGUUUGCCAAAUUUUAUAAGGGAGUUUGUGCAGUCUGUUGCAAAGUAAUCUGAAGGUGGACCAAGUUGAACCUACACGUUUUAUCUUCACAUAUACGUUUUAUUCUCCCAUGUUAACUUUAGUGAUGUGUGCUUGCAGUUCAGUUUCGUUAAAAGUCAUUCCUCUUCUGAGCUUAUGUUAAAUUCAGUAGACACCUCUCUCUCUCUCUCUCUCUCUCUCUCUCCCACUUGCUCUCUCACUCACACACACACACACACACACAAUUUAUAAAUUCCAGAGAUACAUUAUGCAUAUCAUGGAUUGCACAUAUAUUAUGACAACUUUCAUAUAAUAAACAGUGCAUUUGAAUUCUAGCUAUCAGAUGUAAUUAUGUGUAAAGGAGUAGUCUUGAAGCACUCUUAAACAUCACAAAUUAUAUCUUUACGACAAUGCCUUGUAAUAUCAUGAUUAUUAUUUUAUAAAUGCUAAAAGGAAUUUAUUAAUAAAGACCCUGAUUAUAAUGUGAUAAAUAAUAGUGCUGUUGAAAGAAAUGUACAGAUAGUUUGUAUUGUAAAUUAAAAAUAUCCAUAGGAUCUAAGAAGAUCCUGAUGAUGAUGAUGAUGAUGUGUACAAAGAAUAAACAUUAAAGUACCUGA